CGCAAGCAGCAAAAGAGGAGCGGCCGCGAGCAGUCCUUCCUUUUCCGGUCGGGGCCGAGUUGGUGAGGGAAGCCAGCGUGAGGGGCUCCUCCGCUAGUCGCCAUCAUGGCUUGUACUCGUCCUUUGGUUUCGGUAUAUUCCGAAAAGGGGGAAGUUUCGGGUAAAAAUGUCACUAUGCCUGCUGUGUUUAAAGCUCCAAUUCGUCCAGAUAUUGUGAACUUUGUCCAUACCAACUUGCGGAAAAACAACAGGCAACCCUAUGCUGUCAGUGAACUUGCAGGUCAUCAGACCAGUGCUGAAUCUUGGGGUACUGGAAGAGCUGUUGCUCGUAUCCCAAGGGUUCGUGGAGGUGGAACUCAUCGAUCUGGCCAGGGUGCUUUUGGCAAUAUGUGUCGUGGAGGCCGCAUGUUUGCCCCAACCAAGACUUGGCGACGCUGGCAUCGUAGGGUGAACGUACCUCAGAAGCGCUAUGCCAUCUGCUCUGCUCUGGCAGCUUCAUCUCUUCCGGCACUUGUUCUGUCCAAAGGCCACCGCAUUGAGGAGAUUCCAGAACUUCCUCUGGUGGUUGAAGACAAAGUCGAGGGCUACAAGAAAACAAAGGAAGCUGUUCUACUGCUUAAAAAGCUGAAAGCCUGGAAUGAUAUCAAAAAGGUCUAUGCCUCCCAGCGUAUGCGUGCAGGCAAGGGAAAAAUGAGGAACCGCCGCCGCAUCCAGCGCAGGGGACCCUGCAUUAUUUACAAUGAGGACAAUGGCAUCAUAAAAGCUUUCAGGAACAUCCCAGGGAUUACCCUUCUUGAUGUCAACAAGUUGAACCUUUUAAGACUUGCUCCUGGUGGCCAUGUUGGACGUUUCUGCAUUUGGACUGAAAGUGCUUUCCGCAAGUUGGAUGACUUGUAUGGCACCUGGCGUAAGCCAGCCACCCUGAAGAGUGACUACAACCUGCCAAUGCACAAGAUGACCAAUACAGAUCUUGGAAGAAUCUUGAAAAGUCAAGAGAUCCAGAAGGCCCUCCGUGCACCAAAGAAAAAGAUUCACCGCAGAGUUCUUAAGAAGAAUCCACUGAAGAAUUUGAGAAUUAUGAUUAAACUGAAUCCAUAUGCCAAGACUAUGAGACGCAACACCAUUUUGCGCCAUGCUAAGAAUCACAAGCUUAGAGAAGAGAAAGCAGCAAAGGGCAAAGCAAAGGUUGAGGCUGCAGCUGCAGCUAAAAAGACAGAAGCUGCAGCUAAAAAGAAGGAAACUGCAGCUAAAAAGAAGGAAACUGCAGCUAAAAAGAAGGAAACUGCAGAAUAAAUAAGACAAGAAUUGGCACUUCUCUGCUUCAGUGCUGAAAAGGGCUGUACUGUGGAUUACAGUUAAUAAAAAACAAAUCUAUCCAGA